CUUGAUCCUCUGAUGCUGGUGCCAUCCUGCAUUAUCUUUUUAGCUCAAAUUUUUGUGAAGCAUUUUUAUUGGUAGAAAUGGAGAGUGAGUCCGUGAAGCGCAGAAUUCACAUGAUUGCUGCUCACUUUGCACCCAAUGAUGAUAUUUCAACUGCCAACGUUCUGCCUAUGAACUGCAGUGGCAGUCUGAACUCUGUACUCCGGAGAUGUGAUAAUAAGGUGUAUUUUGCACGCCAAGCUUCUGCUUCUCUUGGUUAUUUUAUGAGGCAGACUUCAAUUGAAGAGGGUGGCUCAACUUCCUUUAUUGCUCCUAAAACAAAUCAUGGUGCUGCUGCAUCUGAAUGUCCUUCUGAUGCAAGGGCACCAUGUUUUGCUAGACCUGCAAGGGAAGAAUCAGUCUUCACAAAUUCGGUGAUCCAACCAAUGGCUCGGGAGCAGGGCUCUGAUUUUAGUACACUUGAUCCUCCUACAUUUGCUAGGCCAACCAGACAGAUUAGAGGAGAUCAGUUACAUUCUGAAAAGAAAACGGGCUAUUCUGAAAUUGGUGGAAUUGAGUGGUCUCCAAGGAUGGAUGUUGCAGAAUCAGAAGGCAAAUAUGUUAUCACAGUGGAAGUUCCAGGUGUCAGUAUCAGUGACAUAAGAGUGGAGGUUGAUGAACUAAAGUUGUGUGUUAAAGGCAGACGCUCUACUAGCUCUUGGACAGUUGGAGGUUGUCCAAAUGCUUCCUUUUCUUCAUAUCAUCGGAGGGAAAUACUAUAUGGACCAUAUGGGGUGGUCUGGCCACUCCCUGCUGGUGUGAACAAGGACACAAUAUCAGCUGAAUUUUUUCACAGGACUCUCAUGAUUAUAUUACUAACAAAGUUCAAACUGGAAGUAGUAAUAAAAUACCUAAGUACCUAACAUACAUUAGGAAGAUUUUGGCUUCAAGCUAUCACACUGCUAAGCCAACAAUACCAGGCUAGUGAAUAGUGAUCUCUUUUACCAACACAAAAUGGUGAGUCAAAUUGUAACCUUGAAGUUCAAUUGAGUUCACUGAGAAAUUUAUUGGAUAUUUAAUGUUCUGUUAGGCUAAAAUAGCUGAUUCACUAUUGCUGCAACUAGCUACUGUAAUGAUGGUCAUCACUUUUAUACUGUUUUGGUACUUAGAUCAUUAUGUUAUUUUAAAUACACAAAAAAAAUUGAAUCUAUGCCAAUCCUAAUGCUUUGUUUGGCAGCUAGAAUACUGCCAUGAUGAUUCAUAAAUUUAUCACAUCUACUCAAGGGGAACUCUUUCCCCUACCUUUCAUAAAUUUAUCACAUCUACUCAAGGGGAACUCUUUCCCCUACCUUUCUCCUCUAUUCUGCUCUGCUGAAAACUGAAAAGGUUUCCCCAUAUAGCUUAAAAUAAGUGUACUUUUUUUUGUUUUGGUUUACUGAAUUUGUAAGUGACUUCAUGCCAUUUUAUUUUAAAAAUAUGCAUGCAUGGGGUCGAAAGUGACUUGAAUAAUUUCAGGGACUAGUAUGUGAUGUGUGUGGUUUCGCACAAGUUCAAAGAUAUGUGCUGUACCUUUAUACAUUUGAAGCUGAUAAUCUGUUGUUUCUUUCU